AUGUCCUCUGAAUCAAGAUACCAUGAUGUUGCAGUGCCUGACAAGUUGUGCAAGACAGGUAUACAAUACAAUAUAGUUCUUCUGUUUUCUAAUUAUGUCCAAGAAUCUGUAUUGAUAAAGCCACUGGAUGGCGAAACGUCUACAAUAAAGAUAACCAGAUGUUGUACAAGUGUCUUAACUUUCAUACCCAACUGCUGCACAGGUCUCAAACCAGUACGCAGGAAUAACUGUGAUAAUUGUACUGGUGUUGGUGAGGUAAGACCUUCAUACCUGGAGUCUACCAGCCUUGACGGGGGAGCAAUGAGACACACACAGUUAUCAGCCAGUGAUGGAAGGGCAGUAAAUUUGAAGCCCUCCCCGAGGGUCGAGAGUGGACACUCCCACUCAAGCUCCUCAAGACGAAUGUUGGAUGUCAGUGAAGUGCAAGCUGCAUGGAGGCUACCUCAGAUGGUGGAACCUGAGGAAGAGGAAGAGGAGGAGAACCAGCAGUAUGUGGUGGACCAUGGGGAGCUGAACACUGAUGCAAUACUCUAUGUCAUAAAGGAGAAGACUAGCACUGAUGAAAGGUUCCACUCAGUGCUGCAGAUGCCAUCUUCCAUACCAGACAGAUUGUUGGAUUCAAGUCAGGAUUCUCGCCAGCCCUCCAGCUCUUAUAAUGUCAUCAUGAUAGAUGUGUCUGGAUCCAUGAGUGCCUAUUGGAACCAGCUACUGGUGGGAUGGAAUUGUUAUGUGGCACCUCGUUUAACUGGACGGACCAAUCUAUUCGUAUUUGGAGACAGUGUUGUACUAAAGAGGUCAGACUCGGUUUUGGAAAUGGCAGACUUUGAGAGUGGUGGAACAAAUUUGACUGGUGCCUUGCAGACUAUUGCAAAUGAAGUUUAUCUGUGCAAGGAAAAGUAUAUAAAAGUGUUUCUUUUAACAGAUGGCCAUCAUAAUGCAACACAAAUAAGUCCAGAUAUGGUUAUCCAGCAAAUAUUUGCUCCUGAGAGAAAAGUGUGUUGUGUGUGUGUCAUAGGUGUAGGGUCUGGGUUUCCUGUACAGUACAGUAUAAAUAUUCGCUCACGUUUACAUAAUGAUAGUGCCAAUUUUCCCCCUCUGUUUUGGGUGAAAAGAUAUGAAGAAAUUGAGGUACGGAUGAAAGAGAUAGGUAGUACAAUUUGUGAUGGAGCUUCUCAAGUUCUACAUUUGUCAAUGGCCGGGUUUUCUUUGCCAGGAGAAAAAGCAAAGGACACUUUUCAUCCAAAGGAGUGGGUAUACUUCCCAUUUGGACCAGAAAAAGUGCAAGAACUCUCACUCAGUUAUCACAGAAACAUUUGUCGCAUUUUGCUGCAGCCUCGUGACAUGCCUGUACCAAUUUUGAAAGAAGUGUUUCGACAGUGGAAUUCUGUUAUUAUCCAACUUCACAAUAAGAAAGAGGUAGUCCCAUCAGAUACUCUGCCCUUCAUGGAGCGACUCUUCAACACAAAAAUGGAGGAGCUCAGAGACACAAAAUCAGGAUCUAUCCGUGAGCGCCUUGCAAAAAGAGAGUUUAAGACAUAUGAAACAGACUUCAGGACAUUGUUCAAUAAAAUCAGAGCAAUACUAACAACUGUUAAGUUUAGCAGUGAACUAGAGCUGGCAGAAAAUAUUCUGAGCACAACAGUUGGAGGGGGAAAAUAUGAAACCAAAGUCUUACAAAUGAAAGGCCACACAGCUGAAGAUUAUAUGAAUGACUGUAAAGAUUUUAUGAAUGUAUAUGAGGAGCACAAACACAAAAUUCUGAAGAUUAACAAUAUUGCAGAAGAUUGUUGUAGAAUUACUUUAUCAUCCACUGUAUCUGACCUCCAGGACCCAGACUUUGCCAUGAUGAUGGAUCUUAACAAGUUUGAGUUUCUCAAGCAUUUCACUAUUUCUGGCAUCCCAGUGUAUGCUCCCAGCAGGGACUCUGUCAGCAUCAGUCCCUGGUCAUAUGGUAUUCAUGCUUUGGUUGAUUCACCAUACACCAUUAUGAGUCAAGUGGCCAUAGAGUCCUUCAGUGACUUAAACUCUGAAGAUGAGAAAAAGAAAGAAAUGCAACUACAAUGGGGUGAGCAGAAAACUCGCUGUAAUGCCAUUGUUCCAGUCUUUCCACCCAAAGUUGCAAAAAUCAUGGCACCAAUAGUUCAUACACGGCUGUAUGCAAUGUGUGCUUCUUUUGCCAUCUUGAAAACUCCAUUCAUCAUUGAUAACAACAUUCACAUGGCAGCUUUGGGAGUAACAUGGGUGAAGAUACUGUUCGAAUACCCAACCACACCCAGGCCUGAGUUUGUGAGUCAUCGUAUUGAAAGUAUAGAAGCGACGGCAGAUUUGUACCUUGGUCGACCAAGUUAUAUGAAGUACUGGCAGGUGCUGAAGAGUGAUCCUGCCCAGGCACUCAUGACUGAAAGCACUAUACAGGUAGAUAACAAAACACUUAAAUGUGAGACUCUCAUUAAACCCAUGUUUAUACUUCAUAUGUACCAGCGGAGCGAGAACCUUGACAAUGCUACUGUUGUGGCCAACAUCAUGAGGAUGAUACUAUUGGAGUACGUCGGUCGCUGCCUCUCUCGCUAUAAGAUAAAUAAAAACCAUUCAACUCCCUUCACAGAUUUUUUUGCCAAAACACUUGCUGAUCAAGAGCUGAAAAAAGAAUGGGUUCAAAAAUACAUGGAUACCACCAGAGCAAGCAUCAUAGGAUUUGAAGGCUUCCUUCUGGAUGAUUUUUACACCUUGGAGGAAGUGCAGAAGGCAGCCAAGAAGACAGCAUUGGAAGAAAUAAAAUGUUUAAAAGAACAGUUGACAGCACAGAUUCCCAUAGCAGUGGAUGUUACAAAGGUUGAGCAGCUGCGCAGCGUGUCUUUAGCUGGUGAUGUGUCAUGGUUCACUUUGAAGGUUUUUGCCAGGGAGAUUGGACUGAGAGAGGAGGUUAUUAAUGAUCUGUUCAGUGAACGAAGUGUGUUUAUGUACACUGCUCAUGCACUGCAGUACAGGUCCUCUCGGGAGAGACUGACUACCUCAGUGGGUGACUACACUGCCUUUUUUUCUGUAGUAACCAAGAAUGUACAGCAAGAGAAUUAUCGCAGUAUAGCGACUGAUCUUAUUAGUGAAAUAGUUAAUCAGCUUCAGAGUGCCUGGCUAAAAGCAUAUGCUCAUGCCCACAGGGAAGUGGUGCAGCCAAUGACAAGGCAGCAGAUCCUGGCAGAGGCCCCAGAACGAGGAGUGCAAGUGACUGACAUAACCUUUGAAGAGGUCUACAAGAAAUACCGUCCUGAUGUAGGUCUAUUGAGUAAUGCCUGUCAGUGUCGUGCUUGUCCCUACUUCUUGAUACCCAACAGGCGUUAUAACCAACACUCAUCGGUAGAACGUCAAAGUCCUACAGCCUUUCCCCAUGGCCUGCAUCGUGCAGCUUACCACCACAGAGACAGUGACCUACCCACUAUUAUCUCAUACUUAGAAUCUGGCACUUUCAAAACGCCUGUUCCUCGACAAGCAGUUGAACAUUUCAAAAAUCAUCUUGCAGACUUGAAGGAGAUAUAUAAAGAAACAGAUUCAUCUGCACCAACAUAACCUUCCAUAGAUAUCAGCAGUAAAAGGUAGUAAGUAUCUAACAAUCAGAGGCGUCGCCAGGGUUGGUGUCACCCGGGGCGGAAGCUUUGGUGUUACCUGGGGUAGCAUCUUUGGUGUCACCCCCAUGAAAUCCAAGGGCAGGGGGAUAGGGGUAGUAAACUCCAGUCACAUCACUGCUGCAUGACCAGUUACAUCACUGCUGCAUGUCCAGUGACUAAUGUUUAGCAAUGAGAACAUUUAAAGGCCAUAAACAGAACUUUAAAUAAACUUUAAAUAAUCGUAGUAAUAUUGAGGAAAAGUAAACUCAAAUACCACUUUGAGUAUAGGCAACAGAUCCUACAUUUAUUCAUCUUCAACAAUUAAAAAAAAAAACUUGAAAAAUAAAGAAAAACACUAGUUCUGAUUUAACCUUGAGUACAGGUAACAUCUCAGUAAAUCUGAUAUUUCAUUUCCUUGCCUUCAAUCCUGCAAAAUCAUCUAUCACAUCAUCAAAAUCAAUGAUUUUCUCUAUAAUAGGCUGUAUAGAAAUGAAGGAUUUUUCUCUUAGGUUGCUGUAGCACAAUUUUGAUCAUUAGUGUUACCUUCUUUAGAGGCUCUAUGGUGUCACCCCCUAAAUGUCACCUGGGGCACCCCCCUCCUUACGACACCCCUGCUACAAUCAAUUUUUUGUAUGUUGCUGAAAGUCCUUCAUUAGCUGUCUUACAAGAAGUGUGCAAACAUCACAAUUCAGAACUGCAGCAUCCCUACCUCUCCUUCAGAGUUCAGGCAUUGUACUUCCUACCUUUAAGACUUGAGUCUGGCUAACCAAUUUCCCCGAAUCUCUUCAUAAAUGUUUCCUUCCUCACUCUCCAGCAGCACAUCAAGCCAUAAAAUUCACUUGUCUUCACUCGUCCCUAUCUAGCAUACUUGUGCAAGCCUGCUGGAUGUGUGAAUGUUAGAUUGGAGUGAGUAGUGACAAGUGGUUGUUUUUGGCCUGAUAUGCUGUUGAAGGGUAAGCGAAGUAAUAUAUUAUAGGUAAAUACUCCUAAGAUGUAUAAAUAUGUGUGAUAUUGAUAGAUCCAUUUAUCACUCUAAGAUCUCACUGAAUGUGGUAACUUUAAUCCUGGCAUUAUAAGAGGUUUUGUUUAAUGUUAAAUAAUAAUAAUUCCAUUUAUCUUCCAUCUCUCGCCCUAUCCUUGUUCUCCUUAGGUUGUCACUUGGAAAUGUUCACUUUUUUUCUUCUCAUGUUCAACACUGAAAGAACCUUGUGGUCAGAUGAAUAGACAUGCGAGUGAUUUUUGAAGUGGAUUACUCACUGAUGAGUUGAGAGAGGAACCAGGGAUAUGAGAGUGCAAGUCUACAAGUUUUGAGAUAAAAAAAAUUACAAGGAAUUCAUCAUAUUGUUUCUUAGCAGUUUUAUUGAAUUGUGAUGGCCAUGCACUUCUGGCAAGAGAGCUGUUUAAUGAAUUACGAUCACUUUACCUUACUAAAUACAGCUGAUAUGAUAAUUUAUAUUGUAGAUGAAGGGAGUUUACAUUGUCCAUAAGGGCAACUGUGUACACAAACUGAAACUGAGGUUUCUUUUCUUCCAUCUUUGUCUAUCCUACCUCACAUCAUCCUAAGUAUCUGAAUUAUAAUUUAUAGAUGUGCACUGUAUAUAAUUUCAAAACAUAUGGUAGAACAGAAUGAUAUUGGAACCAGCUGUGGGCCACAGCAUUCAUAUAGCUGAUUGUUGGUGAGAUCCUGUUCAAACGUGAAGUACCAUGAUAUGGGUAGUAGUUGCUUGUUGGGGGUGUAAUAGCUGUCUUUUGACUGUCCUUCAAAUUGCCAAGUGGGGAGUCUUAAGAACAUUGACAUUGUACAUAACAGAGGCCACUGACAUCAGUGAUGGUGUUUUCUGUACUAAGAUGCCAUUGUGUUGCAGUGUCUGACAGGUUGAAUAUCAUUUGUUUAACUUACGGGUCCUAUCUGGUCUUCUCAAAACGAGAUGAACGUUGCUUUGCAUAAUCCGCUAUCUUGUUCAUAAGUCAGUUGAUAUGGGUUAGACAGUUAAAGAUGAUGCAUUAUGUGUUAUCAGUCAUUGCAGUUUUAUUUUCAUUAAUGGACACUGAUAGCCACUUCAUUAUAUUAUGCCAGCUCCAGUAGUAUCCACGCUCUCUAAAGGCUAUCAUCAUUUAUGUUUUCUCAGAAGUCAGCAUAACCUACUAUUGGAGGUUAUAUUGACUUUAGUGAUUUGUGCCUAAGAGUAGUAGGUAUCUCUUGUAAAAGUGGUAAAGUUCUGUUAUCUGUAUAGACAUGAUAUUCAUGGAUGAGGUAACAUAAGUUGUUGAAACACAUUCCAAAGCAGUGGACCAAGCGCUUCAUUGUCGUAUGCCAGCACUGAUUAAGUGGCUGAUAGACUACUCCAACAGGCCAUAAAGAGAGGGGUGACUAUCCUAUCCUAGGAUAGUCACUCCUCUCUUUAGACAUCUUGAUGACUAAUUAAUACAUACAAAACCAAAACAUUAGCUGUUUGCAGCAGCAGCUGUUGGGAGGGAGUGUGUCAUCCACAAUGCAAGAGAUACUGUGUUGGCUGGGUUAUUACAGUACAAAAAAUAUUCAGAUGUGCUUUUAAUGGAAUUCUUGAAGAUUUGCUCCCCUCCCCACUUAAUGAAAACAGUGAAAUAUAUAGAUAUAUGAGAUAUACAGUCAUACCCCACUUUACAUCAUUUUGGCCUACAUUAUAUUCACCUUUGUCACUUUUCUAGAGUAAAUUUCAAUUCAGGGAACAUCAUUACAUCUAACUUUACAUCACUCAGCAGCAUCACCAAAGUCAUAAUUUUUUAAUUGUGUUCAUUAUUCUUUACAAAUGUGUUUUUAGUGUUCUUUAAAAUUUAGCGAAUUAUUUACAAUAGUUUUACAGUUUGUUGUCAUUUUAAGGCAUUAUGUCUGGUUUACGUCAAAAACCAGGUUACACCAUGGCUCUUAGAACCAAUUAAUGACGUAGGGUGGGAUAUGACUACUAGUACAGGAGCGGCGGUCUGAAACCUAACCCUCCCUGUUAGUGAGGUAUGACUAUUUGUAUUGUUUACUAAAACUAACAUAGCUGCCUAACCUAAUUUUGAGGAAUAAAAGUCAAUACCUUGGUUGGAACAGUUCACUAUUAACUCACAAUUUGGAGAGGAACUUUGAAUUGGCAUUUUGUUCUGUCCUAGAUUAUUAUUAAGUCAUGACUGAUGAUGCUUCAAGAUGGACUGAAAUGUCAUGUAAGUUUCGUCUGCAAAUUGUAGAUUAAUAGUAUACCUGGAGGUAUACCUGAAGUAUACCUGGAGGUAUACCUGAAGUAUACCUGGAGUAUGAACUAACUAAAUCUUGUUAAAAUUGACAAAAAUAAAACACAGUAAUUUACAUAAUCUGUUAAAAGAAUUUGCAUAACCAUAUAUUACACUGUUUUUCUUGGGAGGAAAUGGAAAAGUGAAUCUUCAGGUGGCCCAUUGAGUUUACAUGUGCAUAUUAGGUUUAGUAAGAGUCAUAAGGUAAACUAGUGUUUUCUUUUUUAUUUACAGUUAGCAUUGAGGUUAGAAAUGUGUUGUAGACAGACAGUAUUAAGUCCCAUAAAUUGUGUAACUUAAUAAUGUUUAGUGGUUCUGAACCUUUGUUAUUGUUGGUACAUGUUCCAGAUGUGGGUAUGGUAGGUCCAUAGCUUGGGAAAAGACCAUAGUUCAUUUGUACUGUAUUGAAGCUAAUUUAUUAUCAUGCAUCCUUCAUUUACAUAAGUCUUAAUAAUUCAGAUUACUAGGUAUUAUUGUACUUAUACAUGUAGUCAAAUACAGUAUUUACAUGAAAUUAUGUUCUGGUAUAUAUUACGGUGUUUUUAGUAAUGAAGAAUGUUGGUCUUAGAUGUCUGUUAUGAGAAUAAUUGAUGGGUAUAUACAGUUCAUAGUUUGUGAUUUGGAGAUGAAGUAAAGGGUUGUCAGGCAAAAAAAAUGUGCGCUGUGACUCUUCUAAUUUCUGUCACAAAAGAUGAAGUAGUGAUGUGUUUGGAGAUGAGGUUUGGUAUGUAGAUUUGUUUGCAAGUCUUUAAAGAAUGUAUCAUACAGCAUCCUCUUGGAUCCUUCUGUAAGUCUUACUAUUUAUGGAGAUGAUUUUCUAGUGUCUUUGAACACUGCUUGUUUAGUGCUGUACAGUAGUUUGCAAUUGUGACUUUUCUACUUGUUUGUGCUAAUAAAUUCUCCUUCCUCUUUUUCUUAUUUAAUAAUCUUAUAGUCAAGUGGCAUUGUUUUCUGAAUUAUACUUAGUAAAUUUUGUUUGAGGCAUUGAAUCUCCAUGCUCCCAUACCCUACCUCCCCAGACCUCAUAGACUGUACCUUGAUUGGCAUUACUUGGUUCUGGCCUUUUGAGCCUUAUUCAUUACUCACUUUUAAUUCUGUGUAGCGAGUGCUGAGGUUAAUGUGGUGAGUCUUAUUUUAAAAGUUUGUUACCACACUUUUCCCAUGAUGGUUUGUAUUAGCAGGUGACAUCUGGAAGGAAAGGGAGAAUACACUAUUAAUUUUAAAUGUGUAAUCUUUAAUAGCUGAAAGUACUUCAUGUUGCUUGGUAUGCCAUAGAUGUAGUUAGCUUCAGUAAAUGCACACCAAUGCAAUUAAUGUGACAUUUUAUUGUGGCAACGUUUUGCUCUCCAGGAGCUUUCUAUAGAGUAGAUAUAUUAUAUAUGUCGGUCUCCUUAAUUGUAUAAUAUGCUGUAUUUCACAUUAUAGAAAUAGUUUGUAUAUAUACAUAUACGUACAUGUAUAUACGUAUAUAUAUGCAUGUAUAUAUACAAACAUCUGUGUGUGUGUAUAUAUAUAUAUAUAU